AUGUCGACUCCAACGAUCGGAAUUAUCGUCUGCAGCCAGCGGGUCCCCCGCGCUGGACUACAAAUCACCCAGUUCGUCCUAGACACCAUCCAGAAGGCAUAUCCGACCGCCAACCUGCGACUCAUCGACCUAGCUACCUGGAAUCUCCCCAUGUACGAUGAACCGGGCAUCCCAUCGCUCAUCACCUCGUCGGACGGAUACACGCACGAGCUGACCAGGAAAUGGUCCGAGGAGAUUGCCUCGCACGCCGGAUUCAUCUUCGUCACACCGCAGUACAACUGGGGUUAUCCGGCCAGCAUCAAGAACGCCAUCGACUAUCUGUUCCAUGAAUGGAAGGGAAAACCCGGCAUGAUUGUCAGCUACGGCGGACAUGGCGGUGGCAAGGCCGCUCAGCAGCUGUAUCAGGUUCUGCAGGGCCUUCGUAUGCAGCCUGUGGAGCCUCUUGUGGCUUUGAUGUUUCCCACGAAGGAGUUUACGGGCCGAGCAGCCAGGGGAGUGGAUCUGGGGGUGAUGGAGGAUGAAGGCAUUUGGAAGGAGGAACGGGAGCAAAUUCUGACGGCGUUUCAGGUUUUGGCUCAAUGCGUUGAUGCGAGAAUCCGUCAUGUCAAAUGCGACGAACACCAGCCAGAAUGUCUACAGUGCGUCAAAACAGGACGCAAAUGUGAUGGAUACGAUCCCAACCAGACAAACCCACAGGCGCAGAAGAGAGCCAUAGUCGAUUCCAUCCCCGAAGCCUGGACCAAACCCAGCACCGACCAUCGCCUGGUCUUGCGUCCGGGGACUCGAGAAGAACGGCAGUAUGUCGAGUUCUUCUGCACCCGGACAUCGCGCGCCCUCUCAGGCUUCUUCGAUUCUGAUCUCUGGCGGUAUUUCCUGCCCCAACUGAGUCACUCCGAGGCCGCCGUCCGGCACGCAGCCGUCGCUCUUGGAGCUCUUCAUCAACAUGUGCAUGUAGUUCUCUCGAAAGAAAGAUGUGAUCCCCGGGAGAAGAUUUCAGCCCAAAAUCAGCAGUUCGUCAUCCAGCAGUACAAUUCGGCGAUCCGGCAUUUGGUGGCACAAAUGUCAUCCGCAAACCAGGUGCCGCAUCUGACGCUGAUCACCUGCUGUCUAUUUGUCUGCGUGGAGAUUCUCAGUGGACAGCUUAAGAAAGCUCUGGAUCAUAUUGAAGCUGGACUGAAGAUUCUUCAGCGAUGGGAGAAUGAAACAGAUGGAAGACUGCAGUCGGAAGGGAUUACCGAAGAACUUACUUAUAUGGUGGUCCGUUGGAACAUCCAGCUCUCCAUGCAUGGAAGGAAGAUGAUUCCUCUCAAUCUCCGCCAACCGGACGAAGCACAAUCACUCGGAAAGCAAGAGUGCUGGUCGGAUAUCUCAACGGCUCGAUAUUCACUCGAUGUACUGAUCAACCGCACGAUGAGCUUCGUGGAGGCCGUGGGUAUCGACCGGAAGACGAGAGGGUCAGCCUGGCAGGUUCGUCGGCAACAAGCGCUCCUCCAAGAUCUCGACGCCUGGCUGUGCGCAUUCGACCGUCUGUUGAAGAGGUGUGGCAGACGCCUCAAGCAGAUUGAUCCUCGAGGACCAGUGCUGCUCCGCAUCCAUCACCGCACCACCCGAAUUUGGCUGGACGCCUCCCUCUCCAGAGAUGAGCUCAUAUUUGACCAGCUCGAGGACGAUUUUAGGGCCAUUCUUGCGUACGCCGAGGAGCUGAUCGAGCUCAACGCGUCGCUGGACAAGGACGCCCUGCUGACUGUCUUUUCACUAGAGACCGGACUCAUCUCCUCACUCUGCUACACGGCUAGCAAGUGUCGCAAUCCGUUGCUCCGGCGAAAGGCGAUCAACCUGCUGUACCGUGGCCCCCAAAAGGAAGGACUGUGGAGUAUGCACCAACAUGCGAUCAUCGCACGGAUCAUUGUGCAGAUCGAAGAAGCAGAGGUGGCUCAUCUGCCGUUGGAGCAGCGGAUUCCCGAAGAUCGUCACCGCGUGUAUACGGCGCGCAUUGAGAACAGAGAUUGCCGCUCAUGUCAAUUAGUAUUGAUAUCCAUGCCUGAGGCUGCUGAUGGAGAAUGGCAUUGUCGAGUCAGAAAUGUGGAUUUUACUCAGAUCCAAGGAGGAGUUCCCAACGUUUCCACAGGGUCAGGUAUCAGCUCGGAGAUUUGA